UGCAGGUGAGGAUGGCCAAGGUGAAGCAGGUGGGCCUCCUGGCCGCCGGCUGCCAGCCCUGGAACAAAGACGUGUGCGCCGCCAGCGGAGACCGCUUCGCCUACUGCGCUACGUUAGCCAUCUACGUCUACCAGCUGGACCAGCAGUACAACGAGUUCAAGCUGCGCUCCAUCAUGUCGGAGCACAAGAAGACGAUCACGGCCAUCAGCUGGUGUCCAGACAACGCCGACCUGUUCGCCUCCGCCUCCGCCGACAACCUGCUCAUCAUCUGGAACGUGGCGGAGAAGAAGGCCGCCGCCCGGCUGGACAGCACCAAAGGCAUCCCCGUCUCCGUCAGCUGGUGCUGGAACUCACCGGACGGCGUGGCGUUCGUGUCGCAGCGCGGCCCGCUGUACGUCUGGGACUACCGAGGGUCCGACGCCGCGGUCACCGUCCACAAGGAGGCGCACUCCUUCCUGUCGGACAUCUGCCUGUUCCGCUGGCACCCGAGCAAGAAGGGCAAGCUGGUGUUCGGACACGACGGCAGCCUGUCCGUCUUCCAGCCCGGCAGUAAAAGCCAGAAGCACGUCCUGCGUCCAGAGGCCCUGGAGGGGACGGACGAGGAGGACCCGGUCAGCGCCCUGGAGUGGGACCCUCUGUCCGUCGACUACCUGCUCGUGUCCAACCUCCACAACGGCGUGCGGCUGGUGGACAGCGAGGGACUGUCCUGCAUCACGUCCUUCUGCUUCCCGUCCGCCGCCGCCUCCGUCCAGUGCCUGGCCUGGGUUCCCUCGGCUCCGGGGAUGUUCAUCACCGGGGACUCGCAGGUCGGCGUGCUGAGGGUUUGGAACGUGUCUCGCUCCACGCCGUUGGACAGCUUCAAGCUGAAGAAGACGGGAUUUCACGCUCUGCAUGUGCUCAGCGCCCCGCUGGCCAAAAGAGCUCAGAGCUCCAGUUCUCCCAGUAAGAGCCAGCACACCAGUUCCACCAGCGAGGCCGUCCCUCCGCCGACCCUGUCCCAGAACCGGGCCUUCUCUCUGCCGCCCGGUCACGCCGUCUGCUGCUUCAUGGACGGCGGCAUCGGACUCUACGACAGGGCCAAGAAGUGGGACUUCCUGAGAGACUUGGGCCACGUGGAAACCAUCUUUGACUGCAAGUUUAAACCCGAUGACCCCAACCUGCUGGCGACGGCCAGUUUUGAUGGAACCAUUAAAAUCUGGGACACCAACACGCUGACGGCCGUUUCUACGUCGCCCGGGAACGAAGGCGUGGUUUACUCUCUGUCCUGGGCUCCAGGAGACCUGAACUGCAUCGCGGGAGCGACGUCUCGUAACGGAGCGUUUAUUUGGGACGUCGGGAAGGGGAAAAUCAUCACCCGCUUUAACGAGCACGGUAAGAACGGGAUUUUCUGCAUAUCGUGGAGCCACAAAGACUCCAAGAGGAUCGCCACCUGCAGCGGAGACGGGUUCUGCAUCAUCAGAACCAUCGACGGCAAAAUCCUGCACAAGUACAAACAUCCUGCCGCCGUGUUCGGCUGCGACUGGAGCCAGAACAACAAGGACAUGAUAGCGACCGGCUGUGAGGACAGGAACGUGCGGGUCUACUACCUGGCCACCAGCUCUGAUCAGCCGCUCAAGGUGUUCACUGGACACCUGGCCAAGGUGUUCCAUGUCCGUUGGUCGCCGCUCAGGGAGGGAAUCCUUUGCUCCGGCUCUGACGACGGAACGGUCCGGAUCUGGGACUACACCCAGGACGCCUGCAUCAACGUUCUAAGUGGACACACGGCGCCGGUCCGAGGCCUGAUGUGGAACACCGAGGUUCCGUACCUGCUCAUCUCAGGAUCCUGGGAUUAUACGAUCAGAGUCUGGGACACCAGGGACGGGACGUGUCUGGACACCGUCUUCGACCACGGAGCCGACGUCUACGGUCUGACGUGUCACCACAGCCGGCCCUUCACCAUGGCGAGCUGCAGCAGGGACAGCACUGUCCGUCUCUGGUCUCUCACGCCACUUGUCUGUCCUCUGCUGCUCAACAUCCUGACGGAGACACCCUGGGACCGGAUCAUCGGGAAUACAGACGCGGCCAUGGUCCCCGGCUCGCCGCCGCUGCUCUGCGGAAAACUGUCCAGAGACAUCAAGCAGGAGCUGGACAAGCUGAGCGGAGACGGCCGGUCCAGAAAGCUGCGCUGGUUUUCUGAGACUUUCUCUCCUCCAGGGGGCAGCAGCAACUUGUGGGACCUGGUGUUCAUCAUCAACGGCCAGGACGACUCGCUGCUUCCUGCCAGCUAUAGCAAAGGCGUGAUGCACAUGAAACACCUGGUAAAGUUUAAAACGUCUGAAGCUCAGGAGCUGACGAUCGUCAAGAUGUCGAAAUUCGGCGGAGGAAUCGGCGCGCCGAGCAAAGAGGAGCGUCUGAAGGAAGCAGCAGAGAUCCACCUGAGGCUGGGUCAGAUCCAGAGGUACUGCGAGCUCAUGGUGGAGCUGGGUCAGUGGGAGAAAGCCUUGGCGGUGGCGCCCGGAGUCUCCAUGAAGUACUGGAAGAAACUCAUGCAGAGACGAGCCGAUCAGCUGAUGGCCGACGAUAACGAUGACGCCAUCCCGUACUGCAUCGCCACCGGCGACAUUAAGAAGCUCGUAUCGUUCUUCACCAGCAGGGGGCCUGCUGGAGGCCUGAUCGUACAGGGAGCGUGUGAAGGGAACAUCCGUUCCCCGCAGAGUUCAUCCAUCAACCACACAACCAACGACGUGGAAAACAGGCAGCACUACCAGAGCCUCCUUCAUCAUGUCUGUAAGGAACUGGCUGAGUGGUACUUCCAAGAUGGCCGCUCCGUCCUGGCCGCAUGCUGCCACCUGGCGGUCGACAACAUCCAGUCGGCCAUGGCCAGCCUGAUCCGGGGAAACGAGUUGGAGCUGGCUGCGUGCGUGGGACUGGUCCUGGGAGAAGCAGCCAAUCAGAGCACGGCUUACUGCCUGGAGCUGUUGGCCAGGAAGUACAUGACGGCGCCAACAUGGGAGCUCUCCGCCGACCUGCUGCUGAUGAUCCCUGAUAAUCACGUCUUACUGGCCAAGCUGUGCGCCUUCCACCCAGGAAGUGCUGCAGAGAUCGACCGGCUGCACCAGCGGUGCGGCCUGCCCUCCCUGGAUGAGUGCUCGGAUCUGGCAGUAGCUGCGGCGGCCGACGGCGAUCUGUUCUCCGCCGUGAAGUUCCACCUGCUGAGCUCUGAGCCUGAACUCGCCCUGCAGAUGGGCCUCGGCUUCCUGAAAGAGCAGCUGGCCGGAUCUGAUUGGACGGUGGACGGCGUUCAGCCAAUCCUGGACCUGCUGAGCUACAUCCGGACCGACCGCCUCGUCCUGCCCAGGCUCACCCAAGAGCGCAGUGAGCUGCUGAUCCUGUGCGGUUACAUCGGAGGCCUGCUGGCCAUCAGACGGAGCUACUGCAGCAUCGUUCCUGCUCUCUAUGAAUUCACCAGCCAGCUGCUGAAGCGGCGGGACGUCGGCGUUCCUCUGCAGAUCCAGCAGCUGUCGGCGGAGCUGGAGGCGUGGCGCGCCGCGACGCAGCCCGGCAGUCCUCCAUCAGAGAGUCAGAGGGAAGAGUUCAGCCGCCUGCAGAGGAAGAUCCAGCCUACAGAACCAGGCGCGCUGGUUCUGGUCGGACCCGACUACAUGACGGGCUCCAACCUGCCGAGCCAUUCGGACCUCCACCUGUCCUGCUUCACCGGACACAGGAUCCAGGGUCCGGUGUUCCUACUGGAGGACAACAAGUCGGCCAUUUCUCUGAACGACGCUCUGAUGUGGGCCAAGGUCAACCCGUUCUCGCCGCUCGGAACCGGCUGCGGAUCAACCGUUCUGACCUCAACCGGGACCGGAACCAAAGCCUCGUCCUGCAUCCAGCUGCAGCUCUGCUGCCGGCUGCCAUUUGUUUCUGGGGAGAAAGAGGCUUCCAGGGUCGUGACCUUUGACCUGCUCAAGGAUGCUGCCGAGCGUUUCCUGUUUUGGUUGUACAAAAAUAAAUCUGGUUAUUCGCCUGGAAAACCUGGAACAGAGGGAAGAGCGCAGACCGACGGCAGCCUGGAAAACCUGGAACAGAGGGAAGAGCGCAGACCGACGGCAGCCUGGAAAACCUGGAACAGAGGGAAGAGCGCAGACCGACGGCAGCCUGGAAAACCUGGAACAGAGGGAAGAGCGCAGACCGACGGCAGCCUGGAAAACCUGGAACAGAGGGAAGAGCGCAGACCGACGGCAGCCUGGAAAACCUGGAACAGAGGGAAGAGCGCAGACCGACGGCAGCCUGGAAAACCUGGAACAGAGGGAAGAGCGCAGCAGACCGACGGCAGCCUGGAAAACCUGGAACAGAGGGAAGAGCGCAGACCGACGGCAGCCUGGAAAACCUGGAACAGAGGGAAGAGCGCAGACCGACGGCAGCCUGGAAAACCUGGAACAGAGGGAAGAGCGCAGACCGACGGCAGCCUGGAAAACCUGGAAUAG